AUGGAGCAGCCUGAGACCGCAUCAGUGCGACGCUGGUCAAGCGAGAUACCAUUCGUUCUGGCUGCCACUCUGCACGGUGGCGUUCUCGUUGCCAGCUACCCGUACGACCAUGCUAGAUCGAUUCGAGGCAAACUCCCAGUCUUCGCCGACCCCGACGAUGACGUAUUGCGGCACCUCGAUGAAGUCUACUCGUUCAACCUGCCCGCAUGCACCUGGGCGAGCCUUGCCCAUCCAACCAGCUGGAAUUUCAAAAACGGUACCACCAACGGCGCCGCGUGGUACAGUUUCGACGGAAGCAUGAGCGACUACAACUACGUAUACGAAGGCUGUCUGGAUGUGACGCUGGAGAUUUCAUGCUGCAAGUUCCCCAACAGCAGCGAACUGGCUCGCAUGUGGGACGAGAAUAGGCAGCCCCUGCUUGCCUACCUAGCCGAAGUUCACAAAGGUUCCCAAUUUCUUUAA